UUUUAAUCAUCAUUAUGGAGGAUAGUAACGUGCCUAGUACAAGCGCUGUUGUUUCUCACGUAACAGAAAUAGAGGAAGUCUUUUUGACAACGUUGUUUCUCGUUGCGUUCCCAUCGGUUGAAGCGUUGAAGUCCGCUAUCACCAAUUAUGAAAGAUCAACUUACUGUCAUUAUGUAGUUCGAGAUUCGCAUUUGUGCAGAAAUGAAAACUCGUACAUUAAAUUUGUGUGCUGGAGACAUGGCCGUAUAACAUCUAGCGAUUCGUCACAGCGGAUCAGACGGAGGAGGUAAUUUUAUAAAUGUUAUUAACACUUUUUUGUCAUGAAGGGCUUCCAUGAACACUCAAUGUCCGGCCUUCAUGUACUGUAAGAUUAUCGACGGCUACUGGACUGUUGUACGUGGGAAUGUGCAUCACAAUCACGAGUGCAAUUCCCUGAGGUACCAAGGUAAUUCAUGGGUGCGCAGGUUAACAGAUGCCCAGUUUGAAAAUGUGCGACCGCUGCUAAUAUCUGGUACUGCUUCAUUCCACAUUAAGAAUUAUGCUUACCAUUCUUAUGGAAAAAUACUGAAUGAUCAAGAUAUCUAUAAUAUGCGGUACAAAGUGUUCUCACAGGCGAACAUUCCUGGUGAUUACGGAAAAUUGCAAGCGCACAUAACAUCUUUGGGUGGGCUAUGCGAAUACGAAUUAGACGAUGAGAACUGUCUAUCGUACUUUUUCUUCAGCACUGGUGAUCAAAAGAUUUUUGCAGACCGUUUCGGUGAUGUUAUUGGUUUGGACGGAACAUACAAGACGAAUAACGAGAAUAUCUAUUUAUAUCAGAUCGUAGCCCUUGAUAUGAAUUUGAAGGCGAUACCCGUUAGUAUUGCAUUUAUAAGUCGCGAAACAUCGACUUUGAUUUCUCGAUUCCUGUCGUUCUUUCAACGGUCAACCAACAAUCGACAGGUGGUAGGCAUUGUGACAGAUGAUUCACCUGCAAUAGCUGCUGCCAUCAUGCAGGUGUAUCCCAAUGCUCACCAUAUCUUGUGUCGCGUCCACCUUGUUCGCAAUGUUAUAAAGAGGAGGGUACGAUCAGAAGUAAUACAACUAUUUUUCCGCCUGAUGUUUACUCAAACGGUUGAAAGUUUUAACAAUGUAUUAUCGUUGAUCGAAAUAUCGGACGGAACGUUUGCCCGAUAUGUCAGAGACCACCUUCUACCGAGAAAACACAAAUGGUCUACAGCAUUUCGACCAUCAGCAACGCUACUUCAACUCAAUAAUACGAACUUUGUUGAGACAAGUCACCGAAUUUUGAAGAUGCAUCAACUGAGUCGAAAAAUACCAGUGCUGAGAUCUAUCUUUAGUGUGCUACUGCGCGUUGGAUAUUGGAUGGAGGCAAGGUUACAGAAAUAUACCUCAGACUGCCGGGUAAAAGCCAACAUCGGCCAAGAGCCAGCAAUGCGUGAACUUCAGGAACGACUGACACCAGCUGCAUGUCAAGUACUGAAGCGGCACCUGCGCACUCCUAUAACGGAGUUUGUAAUGUCUGUUGAGUUAUUCACGGCUGUGGACGCAACAGGGACUUACAAUGUACACCGUGAUUCCAUGCGCUGCUCAUGUACAUUUUCCAUUGAAAACGGUUUGCCAUGUCGGCACAUAUUGGCUUACUGUACACACAGUAUGACUGAUGUGAACUUACAGUCAAUUUGUGAUAGGUGGUUACACUCUGAUACUUAUCUGACUCAUAUUGCAGUUGAGAAUUAUUUCCCAAUGCAAUUGAGCCAGCCGAGCAUGAAGAAUACAGUGAUUGCGUUAGUCAGGCGACUGUCUGAGGAACAAUGCAGUUCACUUUAUAACCAGUGUUAUCAUGAACUUCACGGUAGACUAACACCAACGCCGUUGAACUUACAAGCUGAACCGCAGUUGUACAUUGGAACAAGCAUGUCGACUAACUUUACAACGCAGUUGAUGAACCGUGGAAAUGUCGAUUUGGAUGAAACGUUAAGUAACGAUGACGUAGUUUCUAUAAACUCAGAAGAGUUAACAGAACGGGACAUCCAAAAUGACGAAGAUGCAGAGAACCGUUUGUGUGACAUCUGUAAUCUUGCACAGCCGCCCUAUGAAACUGGUGAUGAAUUGGGUUGGGUUUUCUGUCCUUGUGAAGCUAUGUUUCAUAGAUUCUGUGCUUAUGACCCAUCACCGAACAUAAGAGCAGUCCACUGUCCGAUGUGUGGCGCCAUUACCAACUACUAGUUCAGACGUCCCACCGCGAGAACGAUUAAAGGCCCUUUUCAGGGCCACCCACAAAUUGAUUUAAAGGCAUUUUUUCCAAUUUUGUUUUUGUCUUUGCCAAAGGUCAAGUGUUUAGGCACUUUUUAAUGUCGAAUGCA